UAUACACACAUACUCAUAUAUAUAGGUGGAUCUCUCUGAUCUAUGCUGUAUAGCAAAGUUUAAGUGUGCAUGGUUUGAGUUAGAAAUUGAAAAUCUAUUGUAAUACAUAUAAGCUAUAAUGAGUGAUCUGCAAAUCGUGCCGGCAUACAACCAGGUGGAAGCACAGUACGUAGAAAUGAUGGUGCCUUUGUAUUCAUACGGUUGCGAGAAGAAAAUCAAGAAGGCUCUUUCUCAUCUCAAAGGCAUAUAUUCAGUGAAAAUAGACUACUACAACCAGAAGGUGACGGUUUGGGGAAUAUGCAACAAGCUUGAUGUGUUGGCGAUGGUGAAAAGGAAGCGUAAAGAAGCUCGUUUUUGGAAUGUAGAGGAGAAUAACAAUAUUAAAGAGAGCAUUAAUGAUUCCAACGUCGUGGAAGAAGAAGAAGAAGAAGACACUACUAAAACUUCAUUUGAUUCAGAUAAAUCAUCAUCGGCGUAUUAUACGUACUCUUCGUCGUCUCCGAGAUUCAAGAUGAGACCUCCUUUGUCACUCAUUAGAAGCUCUUCCUUCACAUGGAAAGCUGUGAAGAAGGUCUUCUCUAGAUCCCUUUCCUUUUGAAUCACGUUUUUAUAUAUAUGACCCUGAUUAAUAAUGCUAGAAGAAAUGACGUGACUCUCACUCAAUGUAUAAAUACCAAACAUUCUAGUUCAAUGGUCAUGACUCAUGGCUUUGUUUGUUUAAGUGAAAGAUCUAUAUUUUCCCGACACGCUCUUUCUUUUGGUAAGUACUAUAAUAUGUUCAUUUGAAAAAUAUUCAAAAUUUUGAUUACAAUAGUUUGUAACUGUAUUAAACCAAAAAAAAACAAAAAAGGUCGAGUCUUUCGA